AUGUUUCUGCAGAAAUUUGUUCGCAAUGACGCCAUCAAGACUGACCCUCCUGAGAUUUACAACCUCAGGACGGUUGUGGUCAGUCUGGUAGCAUGCGGUGGUGCACUUCUGUUUGGUAUGGACAUGGGUGUCAUGGGCGGCGUCCUUACCAUGGACACUUUCAAAGAGCAGUACGGACUCACCGAUAAACCCGCGACCGUCCUCGCCGACCUGUCGUCAAAUAUCGUCUCGACUAUCCAGGCUGGAUCCUUCCUCGGUUGUCUCAUCUCCAUGUGGCUGGCCAACUAUAUCGGCCGACGACUGUCUCUCAUGACUGCAUCUAUCCUGGUAUUUAUCGGUGUUACCAUGCAAGCUGCUGCCAGCGGUCACCUGGCCGCCAUGUAUGUCGGAAGAUUCAUCACUGGUAUCGCUGUCGGUAUCGCUUCUACCGUCAACCCUCUUUACGUCUCUGAAAAUGCCCCACGAGGUAUUCGAGGACUUCUCACAGGUUGCUACCAGCUCUCGAUCGUCACUGGUUUGACUCUUGCAUUCUGGAUCAACUAUGGCUGCCUUCUCCACGUCCGAGGACAUGCCCAAUAUAUUAUUCCGCUUGCUCUACAAGCACUCCCCGCUGUCAUUCUCUUCUUCGGAAUGAUGUUCGCUAACGAGUCCCCCCGCUUCCUCGCCCAGAGCGAUCCCACCCAGGCACUCGCCGUGCUGGCCAAGCUUCGAGGACUGCCAGAAGAUCAUCCAUACGUACGAGAUGAGAUGGAGAACAUAUCUAUGCAGCUCGAAGAAGAGCGUUCCCUCGCUGCAAACAGCUCUGGGCUCACCCUGGUCAAGGAGGCCUUCAUCGUGAAGUCCUACCGUCGAAGAACAUUCCUCUGCAUCACUCUCAUGAUGUGGAGCAACCUUACAGGGACUAAUGCGAUGACGUAUUAUAGUCCCAGCAUAUUCAAGAGCGUCGGCCUCUCGUCGUCGUCUGCUGGUUUGUUCGCGACUGGGAUCUAUGGUGUUGUGAAGAUGGUGUCAUGCGCCGUCUUCAUCUUUUUUGUGACCGACACGCUAGGCCGCAGAAAAAGCCUUUUGUGGACCGGAAUUGUACAAGGCUUAGCCCUCUUUUAUGUUGGGUUUUAUGUUCGCUUCGAUCCUCCUCACGUUGACUCUCCCGUUGGCGCUGCCGGAUAUGUCGCCCUUGUGGCCAUCUACAUCUUCGCCGCCGUGUACCAAUUCGGGUGGGGCCCCGUCGUGUGGACUUACUGCUCUGAGAUUCCUGCUGCUCGCAUGCGUGCCCUCCAGAUGGGUAUGGCCACAGCCAGCCAGUGGCUCUUCAACUUUGUCGUCGCCAAGAGCACUCCGAGCAUGUUUGCAACUCUCGGACGUGGUGGAUUCGGCACGUACUUUGUCUACGGGUCGUUCUGUUUCACCAUGGUAGUCUUUGCCUGGUUUUUUGUGCCAGAGACCAAAGGGCUUGCUUUGGAGGAUAUGGAUGAACUGUUCUCACAAUCCAACGUCAGGGCUCCUUUUACUCCUAGCCGCGUUGCUCGGCUCGAGGCAGAGAGAGUUGCGAAAGGGGAUGCUGACUCCAAGUUUGAACAUGUUGACAAGGUGUAG